CAGUGCCUUGCUAUUAGCCACUGCUCUCACUCUGUUUCUUCUUUAUAACAUUGAACCCUUUCUCUCUUCUCCGUUUCCCAAUGCCUCACCGGAAAACCCUACUUUCUUUCUUCUUUUUCUUCACCGUCACGAUUAUCGCUGUCGCCGCCGAUGAUGGCGCCGUCAUGUCUAAGCUUCUUAAAUCGCUAACGCCCCCGCCCUCAGGAUGGUCAUCGGGAACUCCAUUCUGCCAAUGGAAGGGAAUCAAAUGCGAUCCAUCGAACCGCGUCACUAGCAUAAACCUCGCCACACAGUCCCUCACCGGAACACUCCCCUCCGAUCUCAAUUCCCUCUCCCAACUCGCCACUCUCUCUCUCCAAGAAAACUCUCUCUCCGGCGCCAUCCCCUCCCUCGCCAACCUCUCCGCCCUCCAAACCGUCUUCCUCGGCCACAACAACUUCACCUCCGUUGCCGCCAAUGCCUUCGCCGGCCUCACCUCUCUACAAACCCUCAGCCUCGGUUCCAACCCUAACCUCGCACCCUGGACCUUCCCCACCGAUAUCACCUCCUCCUCAAACCUCAACAAUCUCGACUUCGCCACCGUGAGCCUCACCGGUCCGUUACCUGACUUCUUUGACCAAUUCCCCUCCCUCGUGAGCCUUCGCCUCUCCUACAAUAACCUCACCGGUGCUUUACCUAACUCUUUCGCUGCUUCUUCAAUCGCCAAUUUAUGGCUCAACAACCAGGAGACUGGCUUGUCGGGUACCAUUCAGGUUGUCUCCAAUAUGACGCAGUUGACUCAGCUUUGGCUCCAUAAGAACCAGUUCACUGGUCCUAUUCCCGAUUUGUCACAAUGUAAGGGCUUGUUUGAUUUGCAGCUCAGGGAUAACCAGUUAACUGGUGUGGUUCCUGAUUCUCUCAUGAGUCUUUCUAGUUUGAAGAAUGUUUCUUUGGAUAAUAACGAGCUUCAGGGGCCUGUGCCGGUGUUUGGAAAAGGGGUACAGGUUACUCUUGAUGGGAUCAAUAGCUUUUGUAGGGAUACUCCGGGACCUUGUGAUCCCAGGGUGAUGGUUUUGCUUCGGAUUGCUGAGGCGUUUGGGUAUCCCAUUCGAUUGGCGAGUUCGUGGAAAGGGAAUGAUCCGUGUCAGGGUUGGAGUUUUGUUGUGUGUGCUGCGGGGAAGAUUAUUACUGUGAAUUUCGCGAAGCAGGGUUUGCAGGGUACCAUCUCGCCUGCAUUUGCAAAUUUAUCUGAUUUGAGGAACUUGUAUCUCAAUGGGAAUAAUUUGACUGGUACUAUACCUGAGAGCUUGAUCACUUUGACUCAGCUUGAGACUCUUGAUGUGUCUGAUAACAACCUUUACGGAGAGGUUCCGAAAUUCCCACCAAAGGUGAAGUUAGUGACUGCUGGUAACGCUUUGCUUGGGAAAACUCCUGGUUCUGGAGGUGGAGCAGGUGGAACUACUCCAUCUGCAGGGUCUGCUCCUGGUGGAAGUCCGGCCGGAUCGAACACGGGCGCAUCUACGUUAACGCCUGGUUGGAUUGUUGGUAUAGUUGUUAUUGUUAUGUUUUUUGUUGCAGUGGUGUUGUUUGUGUCUUUCAAGUGUUAUGCCAAAAACAGGCACAAGAAAUUUGGGAGGGUUAAUGGUCCUGAAGAUGAAAAAGGAAGCUUUAAACGCGAUGUUAUAAGUGUUUCUAAUGGAUAUGGUGGUGUUCCGAGCGAGUUGCAAAGCCAGAGCAGUGGUGAUCGUAGUGACUUUCAUGCUUUUGAGGGUGGAAAUGCUACCAUUUCGAUCCAAGUUCUUCGACAAGUGACGAAUAAUUUCAGUGAGGAUAACAUUUUAGGCAGGGGAGGCUUUGGGGUUGUUUAUAAAGGGGAGUUGCAUGAUGGAACUAAAAUUGCUGUCAAGAGGAUGGAAUCUGUUGCAAUGGGAAACAAAGGAAUGAAUGAGUUCCAAGCAGAGAUUGCAGUUCUUAGUAAAGUUAGGCAUAGACAUUUGGUUGCUCUUUUAGGAUAUUGCAUCAAUGGAAAUGAAAGGCUUUUGGUGUAUGAGUAUAUGCCUCAGGGCACAUUGACACAGCAUCUGUUUGAAUGGCGUGAACAUGGUUACGCUCCUUUGACUUGGAAACAAAGGGUAGCAAUAGCUUUGGAUGUAGCACGGGGGGUGGAAUACUUGCACAGCUUAGCCCAACAAAGCUUCAUUCACAGAGACUUAAAACCGUCAAACAUACUACUUGGUGAUGACAUGAGAGCAAAGGUUGCAGAUUUUGGAUUGGUUAAAAAUGCACCAGAUGGGAAGUAUUCUGUUGAGACACGGUUGGCUGGAACAUUUGGAUAUCUUGCACCUGAGUAUGCAGCUACCGGAAGAGUGACAACCAAAGUGGAUGUUUAUGCAUUUGGGGUAGUUUUGAUGGAACUUAUCACUGGUAGGAAGGCGUUGGAUGAUACUGUGCCAGAUGAAAGGUCUCACUUGGUUACAUGGUUCCGAAGGGUACUAAUUAACAAGGAAAACAUCCCAAAGGCAAUUGAUCAAACUCUCAACCCUGACGAGGAAACCAUGGAGGGCAUAUAUAAAGUGGCUGAGCUGGCAGGCCAUUGCACGGCUCGUGAACCAUACCAAAGGCCAGACAUGGGUCAUGCAGUGAAUGUUUUGGUUCCUCUUGUGGAACAAUGGAAACCUACCAGCCAUGAAGAAGAAGACAACUUUGGCAUUGACCUUCAGAUGAGCCUUCCUCAAGCUCUCCGAAGGUGGCAAGCCAGCACUUCCUCGACAUUUAAUGACGUAUCUUUCUCACAGACCCAAUCUAGCAUUCCCUCUAAACCUGCUGGAUUUGCAAACUCCUUUGAUUCAAUGGAUUGCCGAUGAUCAAAAUGAU